AUGGCGCCCCUGGACCUGGACAAGUAUGUGGAAAUCGCCCGGCAGUGCAAGUAUUUACCGGAGGAUGACCUGAAGCGCUUAUGUGACUAUGUGUGUGAUCUGCUGCUGGAGGAGUCCGACGUCCAGCCCAUAUCUACUCCAGUCACAGUCUGCGGAGAUAUACACGGGCAGUUCUAUGAUCUAUGUGAGCUGUUCAGAACCGGGGGCCAAGUCCCUGACACAAGUUACAUAUUUAUGGGAGACUUUGUAGACCGAGGAUAUUACAGCCUGGAAACCUUCACCUACCUUCUUGCUCUGAAAGCCAAGUGGCCGAACCGCAUCACCCUGCUGAGAGGGAAUCACGAGAGCAGACACAUCACACAAGUCUACAGAUUCUACCAUGAGUGCCAAACGAAAUAUGGAAAUGCCAGUGCAUGGCGGCGCUGUACCGAGGUGUUUAACAUGCUGACAGUGGCAGCCUUAGUAGAUGAGCAGAUUUUCUGUGUACAUGGCGGACUGUCUGCAGACAUAAAGACUUUGGAUCAGAUUCGGACCAUUGAUCGUAAUCAAGAAAUCCCUCACAAAGGAGCCUUCUGUGACUUGGUAUGGUCAGACCCCGAGGACGUGGACACUUGGGCUAUCAGCCCCAGAGGGGCAGGCUGGCUGUUUGGUGCCAAGGUCACCAAUCAGUUUGUGCACAUAAAUAACCUGAAACUUAUCUGUCGAGCGCAUCAGGGCUACAAGUUUAUGUUUGACGAAAAGCUGGUGACCAUCUGGUCCGCCCCAAACUAUUGCUACCGCUGUGGCAACAUUGCGUCCGUUAUGGUUUUCAAGGAUGUGAACACACGGGAGCCAAAACUGUUCUGCGCUGUCCCAGAUUCAGAACGGGUGAUCCCACCCAGAACCACCACACCGUACUUCCUGAGGUCCCUCCACCUUCCGUGUGGCAGCAAACUUGGCAGUGCUACAUUUGCAGAGGAUGGAACCUUCUUUCCAUUCUAA